AGCUCAUACCCCAUUCUUCACCAUCAAUUCAAUCUCAAAAUCAUUCUACAUAAGAAGGCAUAACAAUGUCAGGCCGUGGAAAGGGAGGCAAGGGAUUAGGAAAGGGAGGAGCAAAACGUCACCGUAAGGUAUUACGUGACAAUAUUCAGGGAAUUACAAAGCCUGCUAUAAGGAGGCUAGCUAGAAGAGGUGGAGUGAAGAGAAUUAGCGGAUUGAUUUACGAAGAGACACGUGGAGUUUUGAAGAUCUUUCUAGAAAAUGUGAUUCGUGAUGCUGUGACUUAUACUGAACAUGCUAGGAGAAAGACUGUUACUGCUAUGGAUGUUGUUUAUGCCCUUAAGAGACAGGGUAGGACUCUUUAUGGAUUUGGUGGUUAAAUUUCUGGAUCUGGGUUUUUGUUUAGUUUACUUUUGUUGAUGUAAUUUACUGGGGUUUUAAAUCUAUGAAAUAUCUUGGUUCAGUUUCAA